GGAAGAGGAGGAGGCGGUGUGAUGGCCCUGGACGGCGAGAGGGGGGAGCAAGAGGAGGAGAAGAAAAAGAAGAAGAAGAAAAAGAAGAGGAAGAAGAAGGAGGAGGAGGGGGCCGAGAAGAGCAGCUCACCCUUUGCAGCCACCAUGGGAGAAGACGAUGCCGCCGCCGCCGCGCUCCGGGCAAGCGGCAGGGGGCUCUCGGACCCGUGGGCUGACUCGGUGGGAGUGCGACCCCGCACCACCGAGCGCCACAUCGCGGUACACAAGCGGCUCGUGCUGGCCUUCGCCGUGUCCAUCGUGGCACUCCUGGCGGUCACCAUGCUGGCGGUACUGCUCAGCCUGCGCUUCGACGAGUGUGGAGCCAGCGCGGCGGUGCCGGGUUCCGACGGUGGCCCCGGGGGCUUCCCCGAGCGCGGCGGUGGCGGCGGCGGCGGGGGUAACAACAGCCACCCAGGAUCCGCCCGGCGCAACCAUCACCACGCUGGUGGGGAAUCCUCGCAGCGCGAGACCGGCGAGGUGGACACCCCGGGGACCCUGUCUACCCUACCGCCGUCGGAGGAAGAGCCGGAGCAGUGGCAGCCUUGGACGCAGCUGCGCCUAUCCGGCCACCUCAAGCCGCUGCACUACAAUUUGAUGCUCACCGCCUUCAUGGAGAACUUCACCUUCUCCGGGGAGGUCAACGUGGAGAUCGCGUGCCGGAACGCCACCCGCUACGUGGUGCUGCACGCCUCCCGGGUGGCGGUGGAGAAGGUGCAAGUGGCGGAGGACCGGGCGUUCGGGGCUGUCCCGGUAGCCGGCUUUUUCCUCUACCCACAAACCCAGGUCUUGGUGGUGGUGCUGAAUAGAACCCUGGACGCGCAGAGGAAUUACAACCUAAAGAUUAUCUACAAUGCCCUGAUAGAGAACGAGCUUCUCGGCUUCUUCCGCAGCUCCUACGUGCUCCACGGGGAGAGAAGAUUCCUUGGUGUUACUCAGUUCUCACCUACGCAUGCCAGGAAGGCGUUUCCGUGUUUCGACGAGCCAAUCUACAAGGCCACUUUCAAAAUCAGCAUCAAGCAUCAAGCCACCUAUUUGUCUCUAUCCAAUAUGCCAGUGGAGACAUCUGUGUUUGAGGAAGAUGGAUGGGUAACAGACCACUUUUCACAGACUCCUCUCAUGUCCACAUAUUAUUUAGCCUGGGCGAUUUGCAACUUCACGUACCGAGAAACUACUACCAAGAGUGGGGUUGUAGUCCGAUUAUAUGCAAGACCUGAUGCUAUCAGAAGAGGAUCCGGGGACUAUGCUCUCCACAUUACAAAGAGAUUAAUAGAAUUUUAUGAAGACUACUUUAAAGUGCCCUAUUCUUUGCCAAAACUAGAUCUUUUAGCUGUGCCUAAGCAUCCAUAUGCUGCUAUGGAGAACUGGGGACUAAGUAUUUUUGUGGAGCAAAGAAUACUGCUGGACCCCAGUGUUUCAUCUAUUUCAUAUUUGCUGGAUGUCACCAUGGUCAUUGUUCAUGAAAUAUGUCACCAGUGGUUUGGUGACCUUGUGACUCCGGUGUGGUGGGAAGAUGUGUGGUUGAAGGAAGGCUUUGCUCACUACUUUGAAUUUGUGGGUACAGACUACCUCUAUCCCGGCUGGAACAUGGAAAAGCAGAGAUUUCUGACAGAUGUUCUGCAUGAAGUGAUGCUGCUUGACGGGUUGGCCAGUUCCCAUCCGGUAUCACAGGAAGUGAUACGGGCAACAGAUAUUGACAGGGUGUUUGACUGGAUCGCAUACAAAAAGGGUGCUGCUCUAAUUAGAAUGCUGGCUAAUUUUAUGGGCCAUUCCGUUUUUCAGAGGGGUUUGCAAGAUUAUUUAACUAUCCACAAGUAUGGCAAUGCAGCCAGAAAUGAUCUCUGGAAUACAUUAUCAGAGGCUUUAAAAAGGAAUGGAAAAUAUGUGAACAUACAAGAAGUAAUGGAUCAGUGGACACUGCAGAUGGGAUAUCCUGUUAUCACCAUCCUGGGAAACAUGACAGUAGAAAAUAGAAUAAUUAUCACCCAACAACAUUUCAUUUAUGACAUCAGUGCUAAAACCAAAGCACUCCAACUUCAGAAUAACAGUUACCUGUGGCAGAUUCCAUUAACCAUUGUGGUAGGAAAUAGAAGCCAUGUGUCUUCAGAAGCAAUUAUUUGGGUGUCUAACAAAUCAGAACAUCACAGAAUAGCAUACUUGGACAAAGGAAGCUGGAUCCUUGGAAACAUCAAUCAAACUGGCUACUUUAGAGUCAACUAUGACCUAAGGAACUGGAGAUUACUGAUUGAUCAAUUAAUCAGGAACCAUGAGGUACUUUCCGUCAGUAACCGUGCGGGUUUGAUUGAUGAUGCCUUCAGCCUGGCCAGGGCAGGCUAUUUGCCUCAGAAUAUUCCCCUGGAGAUUAUCAGAUACCUGUCUGAGGAAAAGGAUUUUCUUCCUUGGCAUGCUGCCAGCCGAGCUCUUUAUCCUCUGGAUAAAUUACUGGACCGCAUGGAGAACUACAAUGUCUUCAACGAGUAUAUUUUAAAACAAGUUGCAACAACGUAUAUCAAGCUCGGAUGGCCAAAAAACAACUUCAAUGGAUCUCUCGUUCAAGCAUCGUACCAACACGAAGAACUAAGGAGAGAAGUGAUAAUGUUGGCAUGCAGCUUCGGGAACAAGCACUGUCACCAGCAGGCAUCAACGCUUAUUUCAGAUUGGAUUUCCAGCAACAGGAACAGAAUACCACUCAAUGUUAGAGACAUCGUCUACUGCACAGGAGUGUCACUGCUGGACGAGGAUGUCUGGGAGUUCAUCUGGAUGAAAUUCCACUCCACUACUGCAGUUUCAGAGAAGAAGAUAUUACUGGAGGCUCUAACUUGCAGUGAUGACAGGAACUUAUUAAAUAGGCUUCUAAACCUGUCUCUGAAUUCUGAAGUGGUGUUGGAUCAAGAUGCAAUUGAUGUCAUAAUCCAUGUAGCCAGAAAUCCACAUGGCCGAGAUCUUGCCUGGAAGUUUUUCAGAGACAAAUGGAAAAUACUAAAUACCAGGUAUGGAGAAGCGUUAUUUAUGAAUUCCAAACUUAUCAGUGGAGUUACAGAAUUUCUUAAUACAGAAGGUGAACUUAAAGAGCUAAAGAACUUCAUGAAGACCUAUGAUGGGGUAGCGUCUGCCUCAUUCUCACGAGCUGUGGAAACCGUGGAGGCCAAUGUGCGUUGGAAAAGGCUUUAUCAGGAUGAGCUGUUCCAGUGGCUGGGGAAGGCCAUGAGGCACUAAUGUGUGUCACUUACCUAGAACUCAACUCAGAGUUUUGAGAGGACCUGCUUUCUGUGGAAUAAGGAGGCUAGCCAGAAUUUCAGUGAUAAUGUGUGGGAGAACUUUUUGUUGUUGCUGUUGUCUGUUUGGGUGGUGGGUAAUUUUCUUCCUUCCAUUCACUCUACAUUUGUUUCUCCACUGGAUGUUCCUCUGUAUAGAAACUCUUGCAAGUGACUCUUUGCCCUGGCUACUUCAGCUGUACAUUCCCUGCUGUUCGGGACCAAAUAUGAUAGUGGUGCAUGUUGAUGUUGCAGUCAGUUUGGAAAAUCCUAUUCAGAAUAUUCUGUGCAUGGAUGUAUGGUCCUGCCUGUGUUCCAGCAUGCUUAUUUAACAUGUCCAAUGUUGUAUGUGAAUAUAUGUACAUCCAGGAUGGGCAUUAUGCAAAAGCACAAAGAUUAUCUAUGACAAUCAGUGUUGCAAUGAAAGUAAAAUCUUCAGAAGGGAAUUCUAUCCUCAGCCAUGGCCAACAGGAGAGAUAAAGCAGCUCUGUGAACAAUUUGUAUCAUUUGUUUUCGGCACUUUGAUUGUCUGGCAAUGAUGAUUGCAUUGCUAACUCAUUUUCUUUGAGUUAAAGCUGUGUAUACACUUGCAGAGAUGUAUAGAUAGUAUGUACAUAUGCACAUGUACAUAAGAAAGCUCCAUAUGUAUAUAAUAUGUUGUAAAUGCACCUGUGCGAAGAAAUCUCUUCAGAUCAAAGGAAAUUUAACUCUUUUUUAUAAACGUGUGGACACUUGGAAAAA